AUAGCAUGUUAAAAGCCUCUGUCUUCGCAGAAAAAUCAAUUGUUGGAAAGAUGACUUUAUUUUAACGACUAGUGAAGCUAUAGUUAGGACCAGAAGGGAAAAAUGCGUGGAGUAGUUGAAGGUGAAGGAGAUGGCGUGGAAGAAGUGUUCGGGAGCAAAUGUGGAGGCCAGUAUGUACGUAAAGAGCUAGUGAAUGGACCAGAGAUUGUGCAGUACAAAACACCUGACGGAACUGUCUACCACAGAGGAGAUUGUGUCUAUCUGGAAAACAGGUCAGCAGACACUCCAUUCGACAUCUGCACCCUCCUGAACUUCAAACUGGACAGGAAGGAGAAUGUGUUGGUGGAAGUGAAGUGGUACUACAGAGUGAGUGAACUGCCAGACCAACUCUAUACUCUCCUCCUCCACGACAGAGACCAAGAAUGGGUAGACUUCCGUGCCCGAGUGAGACGACAAGAGCGUGAAGGGGGACAAUCUGACUCUCACCUACAGCCCACAACUCACACAUCACCCCCACACAAUACCACCUUUAGCAGCAGCAGCAGAAGCAAAGCGCCACCAGCAGAAGGGCUACACUCUCUGCACAGCCUGAACAACAUCCACAGGAGCAGCCACCGCCACCUGCACCAUAGUGAUAACCAGCCAGAAUACCCGCCUUCUUCUUCUUCUUCUCAUUCGUAUUCUGUCUCCUCCGAUCUAUCUCAGUCUGCUUCUGUACCCAGUUGUGCUUCCACAAGUGCUGCUGCAGUGAACUGUAGUGACCUCAGAAGUAAUAAUAAGAACACUGUCAAUAGUAACAAAAGUGCCCCCCUUCAGCACUACAACAGUCAUCCUCAACUACACCACACAUCCUCCACUCCCUCUUCUUCGCCUCCUUCGUCCCCUGUAGAAAAUUGGCUCAGCGACCAAUUCAACUUCUCAGAGGAGGAGUUCCGAGAGCGUGAGUUGUUCUCGUCGAAGCAGCAGACGUUUGUGUAUUGCAAGAACCUCAGAGGCCACUGCAGUGUGACCAACUGCAGAGACAUCACUGAGGCACUAGAGUUCGAUCCCCUGCCCGACCACUUCUUCUUCGUGCUGCAAUACAACCCACAGAACAGAAGGUGUUUGUGAAGGGACUACGCCAGGUGGGCAAGAACUUCAACACCAUCCGCACAGACUACCUGCCUCACAGGACUACUGCGGAGCUGGUGGAGUUUUACUACGUGUGGAAGAAGACGCCAGGCGCCCAGACCUCCUCCCUGGGGGCAGCCACGAGGGGGGGCACCUCCUCUUCGUCCUCAUCCUCAUCCUCAAACCACUCAAAGGGAAGUGGCAGUGGUUCGAAGGGGGGCAGUGGCACUACCACAGCUGGCACGAAGCCCUUCAGUGGUAAGCAGAAGAAGAACUCUGCUGCCACAGCCACUGCAGGCGGCAACAGCGGAGUGGCCAGGAUAUCCAAGAUCAUCUCCAAUCAAGUGGGGAGUAGUGGCGGUGGCACUGACGUGGAGUCGGAUGGGGAUAGCAACACUGUCACUGAAAACAGCAGCAGCAGUCUGGACAGCAAUGGAGGCACCCAGUGCAGACACUGUGGCACCACUGCCUCCAAGUCAUUCCUCCACUGGGGCUCCCAUCCCCAUCGCACUCUGCUCUGCUUCGAGUGCAGACUAGACUACCAGAAGUACGGAAGAUUGCCGAAGACAGCGGAGACACCAGUACCUACUGGUGGUAAUAAUAAUAGUAAUAACAACACAAACAUGGUCCCACAAACAUCCGCAGCAUCGUCUUCGUCACAAUUGACUAACUCCUCGCAAUAUCUGUUCAAACCAGUCAAGUCAACCGCGGCCACAGCUACCCCCGCUACUGCUUCUACUGCUGCCGAGAGCGCUGCUGGAGGCAAGGGAGGAGGGGGUGAUGUGAGCUUAAGCAGCGGCAGCAGGGCAUCCAGUGCUUGUUCGCUGCCUGCAGACGUGGGGAUGGGGGGAUCAUUUGAGAGAACUAAUGGGGUGUAUUCUCCAGCGCUGAGUCCAUCAGUGGAACAGCAGCAGCAGCAGCACAGUGGCAAUAGUACUGUAAGUACAAGUGGUAUUAGUGGCAAGAAGAAGAAGAGGAAGAGCAGAAAUAGUGUGGAGAGUACAUUGACACUGUCUCAUUCUUCUUCUUCGUCUUCAACAGAAGCACAGCAGCAGCAGACAGUUCACAGUGGGAGUGGGAGUGGGGGCAGCAAGCGGGCCAAACACAGGGAGAGUGCAGCGAGUAGUCGGUCGGACACUCCGAGCAGCACAACAGAGAACAGCAACACAGAGACACAGUCCUCCUCCUCAUCGACAUCCUCUUCUUCCUCGACAGGCAGACAAACAAAACACUCCACACACGACAGCGCCGAUGCAGAAGAUGCCACCACAAGACCAGAGCCCAUGCAGAUCGAUGCGCCACAACAACAACAACAACAGCAGGUGAACUCGGACACGCAUUUAACCACAUCAACAACAGUCAGCAGUGCAAACGACACAUCGUCAUCUGCAGGGAGAAGCAAAAGUUCAUCAGACACCGCAACAGUCAUGCCAACAACAACCUCAGCAUCAUCCACUGCGACAGAAGUAGCCGCAGUCAUUACCAAAUCCGAACUGCAGUCUCUGGCUGCCGACGUAAAGAUAGAACCAGGACUCCUCGCGAUGCGCACCACCGCCCAUAUUUGCAGCAGGCAGAAUUCCUUGUCUACUGGCAUUAUAGAAGAUCAGACUCCCGCAGAGGAGGAAGAGGAAGCGAGACUGGAGGCAUUUGGCGGCCAGUUCCCGCCGGUAUUUGCGCCCACGUCAGAAUUAGUUCUGGCAACAGCCGCAGCAGAACAAGCUAGACAACAUUUACCGUCUGCUGGAGUUCCUUGUUCAGAUUUGUCUGCUCAAUUCUCAUCAUCCGAGACUCUGUUGACAUGGUCGCAAUCUGCAAGUACAAAUAGUACUGGCACAGAGCCGACAGUAUUGGCUUUACAAGGAGCCAAUAUAAAAGUGGAGCCGAGAGAUAGUUGUUCAUUAAGGCCGCAAGUGCCGAGCAGUCUGCAGCUCCCGUCUUCAACUCAUGUCUUAGAAUCUAAGAUUAAAAUGCCCCCACAAGAGGUCAAAUUGGAGUGUAAAGAUGACUUGAUGUCGAUGAUGGAGAUGGGUGGGGGUUCGACGAAGAUGGGUGUGGUGAUAGUGGGACGGAGUGGCCUCACCCCUCCCCCCUCCCCAACACCCCUGCAGUGCAAUGAGGAAGUGCAAAUAGUUCCUACGAGACACGUGACUGAACAGUCUCCACACAAACGAGUGUUCAAACUGGUUCGCAACUGGAGACGAAAGACACCAGCGACCACAUCCAGCAGCAGAUCCGUCCAUGCCACAACAGCAACAGUGGCAGAAACCUAUGCCUUUCCCCAUGAUCACAACAGUAGUAGUUGUGUGGGGCAAGUGAACAGCUGUGCGAGGACGGAUGUGAGGUGUGUGCCCAUCAGUGGGGGCUCCUCAUUCCACGCCACUUCCAUCCCCAGCUCAACAUCUUCUUCCAAGCAGAACAGCACCACCACCACCACACAGCCACAACACAUCAAGAGAGAAAAGACUUGCACGAGUGAUGCUACAAGAGUGCCCCCGACGUCGUCUCGAGAGCUCAUUCAUUCGGCCGGACACCCGUCUGAGUCUGUGCGAGUGACAAGCAACCCCUCCUCCCUGCAGACGUCCGCAGCACAGUCAGGUACCUUUCCCCUCCAAACCCCAGUCACACCAAUCAAUGGGGCAUCCACAUCGCCAGGAGCAGCUUCAACCGGAGGAGUCACUGUGAAUACGAACCUAGCCUACCCUGGGGUGGCGUCCACACAUGCCGCAAUGAUGAAUGCUCCUCGGACCCCUUUGAGUCUGCGCGGAUCCCACGCGUCAACAUUGCCCCUCCAACACCUGGCGUCGCCGAUUUCUUCAUUACACCAACAAAGACAUCACCCAAUGGUACCGACGUCCUCGUCCUCCAGUGGGAAUCCAGGUUGGACCCCAGAAGAGAUAGCGGAGCGCCAGUUGCGAGGAGACAUAAGGCUGAACGCGGAAUUAUUUGCCAGACUUAAGGACUCCGCCAACUUGCAACAUGGUGCUGGAGUGGGUCACAGUCCAGCGGGAGGCCAGGGUGGUUCCAUACCCACUAGCACUGCUAUGGCUCUUCAACAGUUGCAACAAAACGAACACGCAUUGGCAGCUGCAUUGCUGGCUCACCAGAAUCUGAUGAGUAGUCCAGGUGCCCUUACCCCAGGUGCUCUCCAGUCUGCUGCAGCGGCCGCUUCUGCUCUGGGAGCGAAUCAUCCGUCUCAGCAGGGAUCCAUGCACAACAUAGAUCCAGCUUUGAUGUUACGUCAUAUCCAGGAAGAACAGAGACUGCACGACCACCUCACAAACCAGACGAGACUGGCGCAGCAGUUGAAUUCAGCGGCGGCAGUCGCAGCGGGACACCAGCCAACUCCGCCACAACAGCAACAUCAUCAGCACUCACACCUACACUUACAUAUGCAUCAGCAGUUGGCAGUCGCUCAAGCCGCAGCCCAGGCAGCCUUAGGAGGCAUGUCGCCGUUCAAUGCAAGUGCAAUGUCGCAUCAUGCAGCCGCAGCGUUGCAAGGAGCGGGUGGAGCUGGAAUGAACCCGAAUGUGGCCGCAGCUGCAGCAGCCGCCGCAGCAUCAGGCGCAGAUCAGGCUCAACUGGCGGCGCUGCUGGGACUACAGCAUUUUGGAAGUGGCGGAGGAGGUGUCCCCCCAGGCGGAGGCUCUUCCCAAUCCCAUGCUCUCUUCGCAGCGGCCAUGGGAGGAGGGAACUCGCAGAAUCAGCAGAGCAGCAAUUAUCCCUUCUCACUGGCGGCGAAUCAAAGUGCCUUUAUCGGUAGUAGGGAGAGAGAGUUGCAGGCACAGGCGGCGGCCUUAGCUGGACUGAUUCCAGGCGGUGCUGCUGCGGGUGCCUCAUCAUCAUCUGCUGCUGCUGGUCUUCUGUCCAGUCAACAACAGCAGCAACUGAUGGCGGCGGCUGCUGCUGCUGCCAAUAGUCAACAACAGCAGCAGAGUGGUGGUAUUGGUAGGAUGGCGGGGAUGGGUGUGGGGGGUUACCUGCCUGCAGAGGACUAUCUCUCCGCUCUGACCAGUGGCGCCCACUCGCAGUACAGUGCACAGAUGGCACACGAACACGAACUGAGAAGAUUCAUGGUUUUGGAGCAGGAGAGAAGGGCACAGUUUGCGAUGAAUGCGACCAGUAUGGCCAACAACAGCCACAGCAGUGCUGCAGGAGUCAGUGCCAGUUCAAAUUCUGGCAUCAGUGGCAGAAUAUCAGUCAGCUCGGCCAACAACAUUCACGCCUCCCACCACUCCCACCCCCACCAUCACACUCCGAGUACCCCACAACAUCAACAGCAGCAGCAACAACAACCUUAGUCUACUGCGUAGGCAAACGCCUCACACCACGUGUGAACAAACCGACAAGAGCAGCAGUCAAGAUGAAGGGACUGCUUUAGGUGCUAAGAGCACAACUGCAAACAAACACGAAAGGGAAUAAGGGACUGACUUUGGCCUUGUUCUAAUCUGUGACUGUUCUAUUAGUUAUUAUACUCUGUUCUUUCUUUCCUCCCAUCAUUGAGUUGCGCAGUUAGUUAAGUCAACCAACAACACAGUAUGAUCCAGUCAAUGUUCUAGACACUUCCCUAUCUCAAUUUCCUCGUAUCUGGCCCAAAUAAACAACUGCAAAUGCAAAUUAAAAGCAGCUAUUGUUCAUGGAAAAGUGUCAUGGGUUCAGUUAAACUUGGUUGUUUGAUUUAAAAUAACUGACAAAAUGGAAUAGUUUUUUUUCCAAAUUCCGCUUUAGUUUUGUUUAUUUAACUUGUUCUAUAAAAUCUAUCGGCAGUAGAAGAGACUUUCAAAUGCACAAAUUGUGAUGUCAGUAAAUAAGAGUCUCUUAAUCUUUUCCUUCGUUCUCCGAAGUAUUUGACUUUGUCUGAUGUAAUUAAAUCCAGUUAUUCCUAGUCUCUUUAAUUAAUUAUUGAAGUUUCA